AUGACUACGCACCAAUGUAGAAUCUGUUUAGAGUAUGGCUUCACAAAAAGUAUAUUUAAUACAGAAAAAGAAGAAAUGUUCUCUACGAAAAUCAUGCGAUUGGCGAAAGUUCAUAUAUAUCCUGGCGAUGGUCUGCUUACUAAAAUUUGUAUGAAAUGCAUUUCUAAAUUAAAAAUAUGUUUAGAAUUUAUUCAUUUGUGUGAAGUUUCUGAUUUAAAACUCCGAGCUUCAGUCAAGUUAGACCAGAAAUCUUCAAAUAUUGCUGAAUAUUCUAGUAAGGAUGUACUUGAUUGCAAGAAUAAAGUGGACAGUAUUGUAUUGAAAUUAGAAUUUGACAAGAAUGUUUGCCCUGAUAUUAGAGUGGAAAGCAAAGCAAUUUUAAAUAAAAAGAGAAUACGUACUAGAAAUUUAAAAAAUGAAUCUAAUAUUAAUAAAAAAAUAGAAAAACAACAAUGUUUUACUUGUGGUAAAGUCAUGUCAUCAAAAUUUCGUUUGAAAACACAUAUAAGGACUCAUACAGGGGAAAAACCUUUCUCAUGUCCACAUUGUAAAAAAGACUUCUCCUUAGCACAGAAUUUAAAAGUGCAUUUAAGAACACACACUGGUGAGAAACCACUUCAUUGCACAGUAUGUGGAGAAUCAUUUGCUCAGUCCGCUGGGCUUGCAGCACAUAAACGUAAACAUACAGGACAAACUCCUUACCGAUGUGUGCUUUGCCCACGUAGUUUUAGAACAAUAGGACAUUUGCAAUAUCAUAUAAGAAGACAUACAGGCGAGAAAAACUUUGAGUGUGACACUUGUGGCAGAGCUUUCAUAACGCGCAGUGACUUAAAGCAACACAUUUUAACGCACACUGGGGAUAGACCCCAUGUAUGUAGCAUCUGUGGUAUGCGCUUGACGCGCGCUUCUCAUCUAAAGAGACAUGUUCAGCAUAUGCACAAUGGCGUAAAACCUUUCAAAUGCACAGAUUGUAACGCUACAUUUACAAAUAAAAUGGAAUUCGAUAAUCAUUUUGAACAACACACCGAGAGAAGAGAGAUAUCUGGCUCCAAAAAAGACUAG